AUGGAUGACGGCCAAGGGGCGUCUCGAGCGUGGUGGACGGAGGAGGACGGAGCGGCUUCGACGAUCGUGACGCAGCAGCAGCAGCAGCAGCAACCGUGGGACGAUAGCCUCCCGUACCGGCGUGAUGACUUCGUGAAGCUGCUCUCCAGCUGCCUCAAGGGGCUGGGCUACAGGAAUGCGUCCAAGUCCCUUGAAGAGGAGUCUGGGCACAAGGCGGAGCCAGACGGCUGCACGGAUCAGCUGCUGGGUUGCGUCUCGAACGGUCGCUGGAAGGAGGCUCUCGACCUCCUCUCCUCCGUGCAGUUCCCGAAUCCUUCCCUGCACGCCCGAGCACGGGCUGUGCUGCUGAGGCAUCGUUUCGUAGAGCUGGUGGAAGACAGGCACGUGGACGAAGCCCUGACCUGCCUGAGAGAAGACAUGACGCCUCUCUUCACUGCGUCCCAAUGUCAAGAGGCAGCCGGUCCCACCAGUGGCGACGACGGUGAUCCUGACUUUCCCCGCCCAGAGCAGGCGCUGACGCUGCAGAAGACCAAGUGCAUCUACCACAACACCGCGGAAAAGAUUGACCUGACUGAGGACCACUCCUGCCAGCUGAAGAUGCUCCCGCAGGUGUCGACGCACAUCCUAGAAGACCAUACCGACGAAGUGUGGUGCUGCAGGUUUUCCAACGGAGGAGGCAUGCUCGCGACCUCCUCAGCAGACGCCGUGCUCAUCCUGUGGGACGUGGGCAGCGGCGGCGGCGGCGGCGGCGGAAACGAAGGAGGAACGGGGGGGAGGGGGGGGACUUGUCCCAUCUCUCUUCGCCAGCGUAUUCAGGUGCGAGACGGCGCCCCGCAGGUCCUGGCUUGGAGCCCGGACGACCGGUGGCUGCUGACCUGCGGCGGCUCCUCGGAGGUGACUCGCUGGGACGCGGCGUCGGGGUCGGAGGCUAGGUGCUACGGCGGCGAGCACACGGAGGAUGUCACGGAGGUGGCUUGGCUGAGAGACGGCCGCGGCUUUGUUUCGGCGGGGCUCGACAGAAACUGGGGGUCUGGAGCCCUGGGAGGAACGUGCUCUCCGUUUGGGAACGCACCACCCGAUGGCCCGACCCAGGAUGUGGGGGGGGGGGACCGGGAGUCCCCGCGAUUCACCCCUCGCAGGAAGAGCGGCGGGUGUUGCUCGAUUAAGGAGGGAGAACACGAAACAUUCGAGGGGAACAUUAUCAGCGGCGUCUGCUCUCCGAGGGACGGGUCGAACCACCUCCUGCUGCACAUGGACAGGGCGCGCAUCUGGAGCUGGGACCCCGUGACGAAGAAGAUUCUAGAGAAGUAA